AUGGAACCAGCCAUGGAAGAUUUUCAGGAUCAAGAUUAUGAAUACUUUGAACAAUCUUAUAAUUGUUUUCCGGUUUCUCAUAUCAAGGAUAGGGAAUAUCUCGAAGAUGGAAACAGGAUCGUAAUGCCUCCCUCAGCACUUGAACGCUUAGUCUAUAUGGACAACAUCGAAUACCCCAUGGUGUUUGAGAUUAAAAAACCAACUACCACUGCUGCCGCCGCGGCCAGCACCAACACCACCACCAGGGGCGGGCGGGACGAUAACGAGGGUGGCUCUCAACAAGUUUCUCAUUGUGGGGUUCUGGAGUUCAGUGCGGAUGAGGGUUUUGUUUACGUGCCAGAAUGGAUGAUGAAAAACUGGCAAAUUCAUCCGGGUUCAAUCGUGGUGUUGAAGUAUGUAACUCUUCCCAGAGGAAGUUUUAUGAAGAUUCAACCACAUAGGAUGAACUUUAUCAAACUACCUGAUCCUAAAGAAAUCCUUGAAACAGCACUGAAAGAUUUUGCAUGUGUGACUGCUGGAGAUACCAUCAUGAUCACUCAUCAGUAUAACCGGUAUUACAUUGACAUAUUGGAAACAAACCCUUCGAAUGCUAUUUCACUUUUUGAGACAGAUUGUGAGGUUGAUUUUGCACCUCCUUUAGACUACAAAGAGCCAGAAAAGCAACCUCCAUCAUCAGUUGUGCGUGCUGCCAUGGACGCUGAUCCCCGAAAGGUUCAAGGAAAACAAACAUCAGCUCAAGAUGAUGAUCAACAGCCUAAGUUCAAGCCGUUUGUGGGUGCUGCCAGAAGAUUAGAUGAGCAACCUGCAAGUAUUGUGCCUCGUGCAGCUUCUUCUACUCCUCCCUCUUCCCAACUGCCAGUUAAAGAAUCUAGCAAUAGAAUGGCAUCUGAAGCACAACCCUUAUCCAGAAAGCGUGCUGGAAAGCUAGUGUUUGGUCCUGAAGAAGUCGGUAAUCAGCCAAGUAAAUCAAGGAGGAUCUCUGAAGAACUAGAUAACAAAAAGAAUGCAACUAGUGCUGAAGAAAAUAAGUUCAUACCAUUCACAGGAAAGAAGUAUACGUUGGGCGAGUAACAAACUCAAUUCUGUGGGAGAGAUCGCACGCUUGCUGCAAAUUCUGCUUAGCCAUGCGGGAAAUCUGUUUCCUCAAUGACUUGUAGAUGCACAGGCUUGAAGGGGCUGCGUGUUAAGCAGUAGCAUUGGCAAAAAGUAAAUCGAGUAGCAGAACAGUUGCUGAUACAGAAGUCAUUGGGCAGCCCUUUGAUGGGGGAUUAACUUGACGCCCUAGAACAACUCAAAUUUCAAUUUCAAACAACACAACAGAUUUCCCCAUAACAAGUUUGAUACAUUAUCGAAAAGGAAGAUUUAGUUCCUUGCUAA